AUGGCCGACGACAGAAGGAUCAAAGCAGCUGUAGACUUGAUUAGCAAUUUACCAGAUGAGAUCCUCCAACAGAUACUCUGCUUUAUUCCGAUCAAAGUAGCCAUCAAAACAUCCCUCUUGUCUAAACGAUGGAGGCAUGUAUGGUGCGAUAUACCUUCUCUCACAUUAGAUGUGGAUUCACUGACUGCCGCUUCCGUUACCGAAACCCUAACUCACUAUACAGCUCCCAAGACGAAGAUUUUUUUCCUCAAAGCCACCAAGAGGGAGGACAUUCCCCACAUCGAUCAGUGGAUCAAGUGCGCCAUGUCACACAAUGUUGAGAAUCUGUCCCUCGAUUUCCCUCGUCCUUAUUAUGAAGAGUAUAAGCCGUUCCUGGAUUUAGGUAAUUCUUUUUGUGAAGGUUAUAAGCUUCCAGGUUUCUUCUACAACAGUUCUUCUUUCAAGCAACUCAACAUUAAGUUAAGCUUGUUCGGUACAAUGGUUUCCAAGUGCUCGGUAUCUUGGACAUCCUUGCAGAAGUUAUCCUUGAGUCGUUUUAGACUCUCUGAUGAAUCCAUGGCCAAGAUUCUAUCCGGUUGUCCUGUUCUCGAAAAUUUAACGUUGUAUCACAUCCGUGAACUAAAGUUGCCAUGUACUUUGGUUGAUGUCUCUUCUUUAACCGAAGCUAAACUGGACAUUUGUCAUGUCUCAAUGAACCCUCACUUAACGGCUGAUUUUCUUCAAGUCAUGGCGCUAAAGAUGUUAGAAAAGUUCCAGAACGCAGAGAAGCUUUCCUUUGGGGGAAACUUUAUUCUGAUUUUAUCUCUUGCUGAGAUUCGUGGUGUUCCUUUCCCGAUGCUCAAGGUCAAAUCAUUGAUUCUUGAUACAGUGAUCUGUCAGUAUGUUAUUCCUGGUGUAGAAAGGUUGUUACAAAACUCACCUGAUCUAGAGAAGCUAAUAGUACGUGGAAGGAAUUACAACACCAUACCGGAGGAGCAUGUUGACAUAUACUUGAAAUUAAAAACUUUGAACCCGGAUCAAUGCUGGAGAUCAAAAGAUGGUUUCGCUUGGAAUAAGUCUUGUUGGAAUGUACAACCAAAGCAAGUGGCUUCAUUCGUGGAACUUGUGCUUAUAAACACAGAGAAAUCACUCAAGCUGGUCGUACUGUUGGAUGAACGUCCUUACCUUUAA